UCGCGCGGCAGUUCGCUUCACCCGUGCAACGUCGCUGCAGCGGAAGCACGUGAGGACCUCGGAAGUGCCACGCGAUGCCGAGCCCAACCAAGCGAGGGCGGAAGACGUUAGCUCCGUCGACCAGUCCGGUCAAGCCGAAACCCACAGACGAAAAGAGCGUGAGUGUGCUGUAUUUGGAUCCGAUUCCAACGCCAGAUACAAGCACAUCCCUCAAGGCGACCACACAUACUGUGGGAGCGCAGGCGACAGUCGAUGUUCCUCCAGCAUAUACCGUGGGAAUGCCCGUCGUGCUGCAGACGGUGCCCAUCGUUCGCAAGCAGCGGGGAGAUAUUGAGCCAAAGGUGUUUUUGCCGCACGAACGCACGAUCGAUCAACCUCCUCGCCAAGUGGAAGUCGAACGUAAAAAACGUCAAUUUGAAGCGGCCGACGUUGGAGCUCUCGUGGGGGAGCGUUUGGCGCAGCUAUUUCAAAGCCCAGAAUAUGCGACUGUCUUGAGUGACGCCAGUGGCAUUGCGCUGCAGCUGCUCGAAGCCAUGCCGCUCCACUGGUUCGAUGACAAGUCGUACGAAGUUCGGGAAGCAGAGGAAUGGAUAUCGUGUGGAAAAAAGAAGGACGGGGCGAUCGCGAUUCCAGUCACAGCGCUCUACGGUCGCCCAGGUGUGGCCAAUAUCUGGUGCGAAGGGCUCGUGGUUGGGUUCAACUCGGCCCGGCGCAUGUUCAUCGUGCGAUUUCGGAACCAAGGCCACGAUGAUGAUGUCCAACUCCACCGCAACGAUGUUUGCUUCAAGGCGGAAGACCCGAUGCAAUUCGUGGAGCGGGUGGUGGCGGCACACAGGGCCCGACUCGCCGCUCAAUCCGCGAUCCGAAAGAACGUAUACAUCGACUGCAUGCCGUCGGACGGGCUUCACAAACUCGGGUCGGAGAACAUCAACAAGAUCCUCAAGCUCGCGUCGGUGCCGUUUGUAGCCAAGAAUAUCCCCGUGCCGGACACUGCGCGCAUUGUGACCGAAGUCCACACGGACUACCUUCGCACGAUGAGCCGCAUCAUUUUCGACCACCAGCAGCGGACGCAUCCGUCGGCUGGGAUGGACUUUCACUUGAUCGCAGACUCGUUGGACGAUGCAUCUGUGGUGGUUCGCCCGCGGCCGUCGGUCCAGCACCACGAAGUCGCGCCGCCGAUCGACUACGCCGACCAGUUUAUCGGGUUUUCAUUUCAGACGUUCUUGACGUCCCCCGAGACCCUGUCCGCCGUCGUGAAAGUGAACGAGGAAUGUUAUCGCAUGCUGUGCAUGGACGUGUUUGCGCUCAAGACGUCGCGCAGUCUCAAGUUAGAGGAAUUCCAGCAGCGCCAAAACACGCAAGAGCGAGCGAUCCACAAAGUUGUACACGAAGACUGGCCCAACAAACUCACGCACGCCAUCAAGACGUCGCUCGGGCAUGUCGGGAAGGGAUGGUACAACCUCCAGGAAACGCGUCGAGACACGUACGAGUUCAGUAAGCUCCGAUCGUUCCUGCGCCGAGUCAACUUGACCAUGAAAGACACGCUGCGAUUCAUGUCGGAGCAGUCGUUGCAUUCGUUUCGAUCGUUUGUCGAGAAAGCAACGGAGGCGAACGUCAAGAUUCUCGAUGCCAAAACCACAUUCUUGUCGUACACAGACUUGGACUCGCGUCGCGGAGAGUUGGGGCAAACCAAGUUUGAGCACCUGUGCCGCCAACGGCAGAUUCAGAACCCGCCAGCGCUGUUCACGGUCAACUUGAGCGUUUCCCCCGAUUUGAUUGUGAUCAACCAAGCCGACAUGGACGAGGCGAGGGCCCAGAUCGAGCAGUGGAAAGCAGACUACGAGAUCAAACGCAAGCGGCUUCAGGACGACGACCCCAACGGCGACAACAACCAGGACGAGGAAGAAUGUCCGAUCGUCGAAGUCGCGCCCGUGAUGGGCAAUUGCUUUGGGUACAAUACGCCGAUCCCAGCAUUUGCGCAGGUCGUAAUCGACGUCUUCAACAAAUCCAUCGACAGCUUUAAAGAUAUCAAACAAGUCGAGCAGUUGGUAAUGGACAAACUGUUCUGGAGCAGCCAUCCGUCGAUUCCGUACGUGAACGCGAACGAAGACUGGGUCGUCAAGGUGCGGGACGACGUGCAGAAGCUGCUCGAGAAGAGCGAGCGGCCGCUGCGAGACUAUCUCAAGCAGUACGAUCGGUACAUCGGGUUCCUCAACCUGGACGAGGAAGCGUACUUGGAUCAGUUUCGCGCGCAGGACCCGCCGAACCUCCAAGACCUCACCGAGAAAAUCAAACAGCACAACGCAGACGCGGUCGACAUCGAAGACGCCAUUCCUGCCACGAACGUCGAGCUCGGGAUGUUUUCUGUAACGUGUGUCGCGAUGCGUGCCCAACUCGCCGAGAAGCACCGCCGCCUGGCGCGACGACUGCUCGACUGCCACUUGGUGAACUGCAUCAACUUGGCCAAAGAUUUGCACAGCAAAUUCGAACCGAUCCACCGGCAACUGCAGAAGAUCCCGACCGACAUUGAACAACUCACGGAAAUGAACAAGUAUAUCGAGAGCAUCCCGUCGCAGCUCGCGCCACUGCUGGCGUCGUCGCAGAUGCUCAUCAAGUACAGGACCGUCCUCGACGGGUUCCAGUAUCGGAUGGACAAAGACGACUUCAUGACGAUUUGGCGAGUCCGGCUAGGCCCCAACCACAUUUACGACCAAGUGCACAAAAUGACCAACAUCUUGCACAUGCAAAACCAGCAAUUCCUAGCCGAAAUGCGCGACCAGCAAGUCGAGUUCAACGAGUCGCUGCGGCUGCUUCAUCAAGAAGUGGACGGGUUCAAGCAAUACACCGACUUGGCGCGCGUCGAGCAGGUCUACAAGUAUGUCGUAAACAUCGACCAGAAGAUUGUCAAGGCCGAGGAAGAUGCACGGCUGUUUAAUUCGAGAGAAGGACUGUUUGGGCAAGACUUGUCUGACUACGAGCAAAUCAGCCGCAUUCGGCGCGACUUUGAGCCGUACUCGAUGCUGUGGAAGACGGCCAACAACUGGAUCAAGGACCACAAGAAAUGGAUGGACGGGCCAUUCCUCGACAUUGUCGCGGAAGAGUUUGAGCAAUUCGUCGAGACCAACUGGUCCACGAUCACGAAAGCCACCAAGUACUUUGAAAAGAUGAACAUCAAGGGGUGCCUCGACAUUGCCACGCAUGUCAAGAACGAAAUUGCCGAGUUUCGACCGCAUGUGCCCCUUGUCAUGGCCCUGCGCAACCCUGGCAUGCAGGACCGCCACUGGGCUCAAAUGAAUCAUGAAACCCACAUGAGCUUUCGCCCCGACCGCGGCAUGAAGUUGUCGUACGUGCUUAGCCUCGGCCUCGACGCCCACAUCGACACAAUCACCAAGAUCUGCGAGACGGCGGGCAAGGAAUACCAAAUUGAAAAAGCGCUCAACGCGAUGGAGGACCAAUGGAAACAUGUCGCGUUGUCCGUGGUGGAAUACCGCGAGACCGGCACGUUCGUGUUGAAGGCUGUCGACGAAGUCCAAGCGAUUCUAGACGAGCAGAUCACGAUCACGCAAGCCAUGCAGUUCUCGGCGUUCAAAAAGCCGUUUGAGGACCGCAUCAACAAGUGGGAAAAGUGCCUCAGCACAGUCUCCGACGUCCUCGAGGAAUGGAUGGCGGUCCAGCGGUCAUGGCUGUACCUGCAGCCAAUCUUCGAUUCGCCCGACAUCAACAAGCAACUCCCGAUGGAAGGGAAGCGGUUUGCGACGGUCGACAAGAACUGGCGGCAGACGCUGCAAGCGGCCAAAGCCAAACCAAGCGUGCUCACGUUUUGCAACAACGAAAAACUGCUCGACCGGUUCCAGGAAAGUAACAAGUUUCUCGAGCAGGUGCAAAAGGGGCUGAGCGACUUUUUGGAGACCAAGCGGUCGAGCUUCUCCCGGUUCUACUUUCUCUCGAACGAAGAGCUGCUGUCGAUCUUGUCCGAGUCCAAGGACGUCAAGCUCGUCCAGCCGCACUUGAAGAAAUGCUUUGAAGGGAUCGUGAAGGUGGAAUUCCAGGACGACUUGACGAUCACGGCGAUGAUUUCGGCCGAGGGUGAGACGGUCGCGAUGGCGACGCCGGUCAACCCGAACGGGAAGAAUGUCGAGCAUUGGAUGACCGAAGUCGAGGACAUGAUGCGCGUGUCGAUUCGCGCGGUCAUGUUCAAGGCGAUCCAGGAUUACACCCAGGUGUCCCGGGUCAAGUGGAUUCAAAAGUGGCCUGGGAUGUGCGUCCUCAACGGGUCCCAGUUCCAUUGGACCCGCGAAAUGGAGGAAGGCAUGCUGAUGCAUGGCGCCAAGGGCGUGCAAAAGAUGCUCGAGCAUCAGCUGGCUCAGCUUGCCGACAUGGUUGUCAUGGUCCGCGGGCAUCUCGACAAGUUGGCUCGCAUCAGUGUGGGGGCGUUGACAGUGAUAGACGUGCAUGCUCGCGACGUCACGUUGCGCUUGGCCCAGAAUCAAGUAAGCAACAAGGACGACUUUAUGUGGUCGAGCCAGCUGCGGUACUACUGGAACGACGACCUCUUUGCCGAAAUGGUGAGCGCCCGGCGACCGUACGGCUACGAGUACCUUGGAAACUCGUUUCGCUUGGUCAUUACGCCGCUCACCGACAAAUGCUACAUGACGCUGAUGGCAGCGCUGCAAAUGAUCUUGGGGGGUGCGCCUGCAGGCCCGGCGGGGACGGGAAAGACUGAAACGACUAAAGAUCUCGCCAAGGCCCUCGCAAAGCAGUGCGUCGUAUUCAACUGCUCGGACGGCCUCGAUUACAUCGCCAUGGGCAAGUUCUUCAAGGGCUUAGCAUCGUGCGGAGCCUGGGCAUGCUUCGACGAGUUCAACCGCAUCAACAUCGAAGUGUUGUCCGUGAUCGGACAGCAAGUGACAACUCUGCAACUGGCCAUCCGCGCCAACGAAAAGCGCAUCAUGUUUGAAGGCUCCGACAUUGCCGUGAGCCCGCAGUUUGGCGUGUUUAUCACGAUGAACCCAGGGUACGCCGGUCGAUCGGACCUACCUGACAGUCUCGCGGCGCUCUUCCGCCCUGUCGCCAUGAUGGUGCCGGAUUAUGCCAUGAUUGGGGAAAUCAUGUUUUUCGCGUACGGCUACGAGAAAGCAAAGGAAUGCGGCGCCAAGAUGGUCACGACUUUUAAGCUGUGUUCCGAGCAACUGUCGGCCCAGUCGCAUUACGACUACGGGAUGCGCGCCGUCAAGACUGUGAUCACGGCCGCCGGGAACCUCAAACGCGCCGACCCGCACAUGGACGAAGAAGUGCUGCUGCUUCGUGCGUUGCAAGACGUCAACUUGCCCAAGUUUUUAUCGUUUGACAUUCCUCUCUUCAACGGAAUUAUCAGCGAUCUGUUCCCAGGCAAGUCACGGCCGCAACUAAAUCUUGGGGCGCUCAAUCGUGUGUCGAAGCUUGUGAUCCAGCGCCAAAAGCUCCAGCCGCAUCCGUUCUUCAUGCUCAAAGUCGUCCAGCUCUACGAGACGUUGUGCGUGCGGCACGGACUCAUGGUCGUGGGGGCGACCGGAGGAGGAAAAUCGAGCAACCUCCGAGUGCUCUGCGACACGUUAACGGAGCUCAAGAAGCUCGGCGAACAAGGGUUUGCGUACGAAGAAGUCGUCAUGUAUCAGCUCAACCCGAAGUCGAUCACGAUGGGCCAGCUCUAUGGCGAAUUCGACGCGAGCACGCACGAGUGGCAGGAUGGCAUUCUGAGCACGCUGUAUCGAGCCGCCGCGUCGAGUGCCAACUCGGAUCGGAAGUGGGUCAUAUUCGACGGUCCUGUCGAUGCGAUUUGGAUUGAAAACAUGAACACUGUCUUGGACGACAACAAGAAGCUGUGCCUGAGUAGCGGCGAGAUCAUCCAGAUGUCACAAGAAAUGACCAUGAUGUUUGAGGUCGAAGAUCUCUCGGUCGCGUCGCCCGCGACCGUCAGCCGCACGGGCAUGGUCUACAUGGAGCCCGCGUCGCUCGGCUUUGAUCCGCUCAUCACUAGCUGGCUCGAAACCCUCGCACACGACUUUUCAAACGACACCAAGAAGCAACUCCAGUGGCUCUUUGACUCGUUCCUUCGCCCGAGCCUGGCGUUUGUGACGGCACAUGUCAAGGAAUGGUUGCCGCAAAUUCCCAACAACUUGUGCCAGAGCUUGAUGCGUCUCCUCGAUUCGUUCUUUGCCGUGCUCCAUGGCGAAGAAAAGAAGGAAGUUCGCGCCGACCACGUCGCGUUCUUUUCACGGCAUAUGCCGGAGCUGUUUGUGUUUUGCCUCGUCUGGUCGAUCGGGGCGACCGGGAACGAAGCUGGCCGCGUCAAGUUUGACGCAUUCCUGCGGGAAGAAAUGCUAUCGCAUCCGAGCAUUCACCUGCAGAUGCCGGCGGACGGACUCGUGUACGACUACGCUCUCGACCGGUCGACCGAGUCCUGGAAACUCUGGCUCGACACCAUCCCCAAGUACAUCGUGCCGGCCGAAGCGUCGUUCUCUGAGCUCGUGGUCCCCACCAGCGACAGCGUACGAUCGACGUUCCUGAUGCAGCUCGCGCUGACGCAAGGCGUUCACAUGCUCAUCGUGGGCCCCACCGGAACGGGCAAAACGAUCAACGUGAACCAGUUCUUGGAGCGAGUCGACAGCGACAAAUUCGUCCCGUUGAAGCUAACAUUCUCGGCGCAAACGAGCGCAAACCAGACGCAAGACUUUUUGGACAGCAAGAUGGAAAAGCGGCGAAAGGGCGUGUACGGUCCGACGGCCGGGAAGAAGUUUAUCAUUCACAUUGACGACUUGAACAUGCCGAAACAGGAAGAAUACUUUGCGCAGCCGCCGAUCGAGAUUUUGCGCCAGUGGUUUGACCAAGCGGGGUGGUACGAUCGCAAGUUGCUCGUGUUUAGGAACAUCGUCGACGUGGUGUUUGUGGCGUCCAUGGGACCCCCUGGCGGGGGCCGCAACCCCAUCACGCCGCGCUUCAUUCGCCAUUUCAACAUUAUCGGGUACACGGAAAUGUCGGACGACAACAAGAAGCAAGUGUUUGCCACGAUCAUCGCGAGUUUUCUCGCCAAGUUCUCCGACGAGCUCAAACCCCCCGAGAUCGGUCAAGCCAUCGUCAAGAGCUCGAUUUACAUAUACAACACGAUUAUCAAAGAACUGCUCCCGACGCCCGCCAAAGCGCACUACACGUUCAACUUGCGCGACUUGGCCAAAGUGUUUCAAGGUGUGCUCAUGGGCGACGCCAAGCGCAUUGUCAAACUGGAGCAGCUGCUGCGGCUCUGGGUGCACGAAAACAUGCGCGUGUUCGAAGACCGCUUCACGACGGUCAGCGACCACCAGUGGUUCCAUGGGCAACUCCAGAUGCAACUCGCGCUGCAUUUCGGUCCAAAGUUUGGCCUCCCAGACGUCCACCAUGAUCACGAAGCAAUGUACGAUGCGAAGCUCAAGAUCUGGGAGGUGGUCGUCCCCAAUGCGAGCCUCUUGUUUGGCGAUUACAUGGUCCCGGGGGCGGAUCCAAAAGUGUACGAAGAAAUCACCGACAUGGACAAGCUCGUGGCCCAAGUCGAGGAGUACUUGAACGACUACAACGCCGAAUCGAGUGCCCCGAUGAACUUGGUCAUGUUUAUGAACGCGAUCGAACACGUGUCGCGCAUCGCGCGCAUCAUUCGCCAGCCUCAAGGCAACGCCCUCCUCUUGGGCGUUGGCGGGAGCGGGCGGCAGUCGCUGACGCGGCUCGCCGCCUACAUGGCCGAGUACGGGUGCAGUCAAAUCGAAAUCUCCAAGGGGUAUAGCGUCGCCGACUGGCGGGACGACCUGAAGAAGUGCCUCAUGAAAGCCGGUGUGGAUGAAAAGCCGACCGUAUUUCUCUUCUCGGACGUGCAGAUCGUGCACGAGAUCAUGCUCGAGGACAUUAACAACAUCCUCAACACGGGGGAUGUCCCCAACCUGUACGCGCCGGAAGACAUUGACGCAAUCACCAACCAUUGUCGCAACAUGUGUGUGAAGAAGCGGAUCCCGGCGACGAAGCUCAACAUUUUCGCGUGCUACGUUGGCCUUGUUCGGCAGAAUCUCCACCUGGUGCUGUGCAUGAGUCCGCUUGGGAGCACAUUUCGCGACCGUAUUCGCAUGUUUCCAUCGCUCGUGAACUGCUGCACGAUCGACUGGUUCAGCGAGUGGCCUGCCCAGGCGCUGCAGUCCGUCGCCAUGAAUGCCCUCACAACGAUUGAUUUGAAGCUCGGUGACCAGGUCGGCGCCGUCGUCAACGUGUUCCAGAGCAUGCACCAAACGGUGGAGCAAGAGUCGACCAACUACUUUCAAAAGCUACGGCGGUAUAACUACGUCACGCCGACUUCGUACUUGGAAUUGCUCUUCACGUUCAAGAGCGUCCUCCAAACAAAGCGCGAAGAAGUCACGGGCACGACAAGUCGGUUGCAAAAUGGUGUCGACAAGAUCAUUGCGACCAAGGAACAAGUCGCGGGCAUGCAGGAGCAGCUUGUCGCCCUCAAGCCGCAGCUGGAGAAAACGCAGAUCGAAGUGGAAGCGCUCAUGAUCAAGAUCACAGAAGACAAGAAAGAUGCCGACGAAACCAAGGCAGUGGUGGAAAAGGAGGAGCAAUUUGCUAACAAAAAGGCCGCCGACACGAAAGCAAUUGCUGACGAUGCGCAGCGCGACUUGGACGAAGCGUUGCCAGCGUUGGAUGCAGCGACGCAGUGCCUCAACCGGCUCAAAAAGUCCGACAUUGACGAAGUCAAAGCGAUGAAGAACCCGCCGCACGGCGUGCGCUUGACCAUGGAAGCGGCGUGCAUCAUAUUUGGCAUCAAACCAACGCUCAAGACCGACCCGGACAAGCCCGGUCAAAAGAUUAAAGACUACUGGGAGAGCGCGCAAAAGACGAUCCUCGGGAACGCCAAAAAGCUGCUCGAGGAUAUGGUCAAGUUUGACAAGGACAACAUUGGCGACAAGAUCAUCCAACAAAUCGAUCCAUACAUGGACAUGGAGGAGUUUUCCCCUGCGUCCGUGCGGAAAGCGUCAGUGGCGUGCGAAGCCAUUUGCAUGUGGGUACGGGCCAUGCACACGUACAACAAGAUCGCCAAGAUGGUCGAGCCAAAGAAGAUUGCGCUGGCCGAAGCCCAAGUCGAGUUGGACGUGACGAUGCGAGUGUUAGCAGACGCCAAGGAGCGGCUGACCGCAGUCGUGGAUCGACUGCGGGAGCUCGAGAACGGCUACAAUGCGGCAGUCGAGAAGAAGGAUCAGCUCGUGCAAGACGUCCGGCAAUGCGAGAUUCGACUGGAGUCGGCGCUCAAGUUGAUUGCCCUCCUCGGCGGCGAAGAAGCGCGAUGGGUGAUCACGAUCAAACAAUUAAUGGACGACCUGAAGAACCUUGUCGGCGACGUGAUCAUUUCGUCUGGCACGAUCAGCUACCUCGGGUGUUUUACGAGUGAAUUCCGCGACAUUUGCAUUGCUUCGUGGUACAAUGCGCUCGCGAAACAACAGGUGCCGCACACGCGCAACUGCAACAUUAUCACGACGCUGGCGGACCCAGUCAAGGUUCGGGGAUGGCAAAUCGCUGGGCUGCCGUCCGACAAUUUGUCCGUUCAAAACGGCAUCAUCAUGGCGCGCGCGCGGCGGUGGCCGCUCCUCAUCGAUCCACAAGGGCAGGCGAAUCGCUUCAUCAAGAACCUUGGAAAAGACUCGAGCGAAAACGGGAUCGAUGUCGUCAAGAGCUCGGACAAGGGAUUCAUCAAAGUCCUCGAGAACGGCGUGCGCUUUGGCAAGUGGAUUCUCAUGGAGAACGUGAGCGAGUUUCUCGACGCUGCUCUCGAGACGGUCCUGCUCCAAACCAAGUUCAAGCAGGGUGGGCAGCUCAUGAUGAAGAUUGGCGACACUACCAUCCCGUACAACUCGGCCUUUCGCUUCUUCAUGACAACCAAACUACCAAACCCGCACUACCCGCCGGAAACGUGCGUGAAGGUGUGCUUGCUCAAUUUCACGAUCACGCCGACCGGGCUCGAGGAACAGGCGCUGGGGGUCGUGGUCCAAGAAGAAAUGCCCGAGCUCGCGGAGAAGAAAAACACGCUGGUCGUGUCGAAUGCCAAGAUGAAGGCCGAGCUCCUCGACAUCGAGAACAAAAUUUUGUACAUGCUGGCCAACUCCCAGGGCAACAUCUUGGACGAUACAGACUUGAUCGACAUGCUCGGGAAAGCCAAGGUCACGUCCGAGGACAUCAAUGAAAAGAUGGCAGAGGCCGAAGUCACCGAGAAAACGAUCGAUGAAACACGCGAGUUGUACCGUGGUGUGGCCAACCGGGCGUCGCUGCUCUUCUUUUGUAUCGCCGACCUCUCGAUUGUCGACCCAAUGUACCAGUACUCGUUGUCUUGGUUUGUCGAAAACUUCAUCAAGAGCUGCCGCGCGGCCGAGCCAAGCGACGUCCUGGAAACGCGACUCGUCAACUUGAUCGAGUUUGCCACGUACUCGCUGUACAAAAACAUCUGCCGGUCGCUGUUUGAAGAACACAAGCUGCUCUUUUCGUUCUUGCUCACGAUCAAGUUGCUGCAAGGCCGCAACGAAAUCGAUCCGCUCGAGUGGCGGUUCCUCAUCUCGGGCUCGACGCCGGCCAAGGAUUCGGAUGCGCGCAACCCGAACCCGUCGUGGAUCGAGGACCGCACGUUCUCCGAGGUGUGCUGCCUCACCACGCUGCCCAAAUUUGAAGGGCUCGUGCAAAGUCUCACGACGGACGAAGAAACGUGGCGCGCCAUGUUUGACUCGAACGACCCGCAUCUGUCGCGACUCCCCGUCCCGUUCCAGUUUUCCCUCAACACGUUUCAGAAACUGUGUACCCUGCGCUGCAUACGCCCCGAUCGCAUGACGGAAGCGAUUCAGCUCUUUGUCGCCGAACACUUGGGCCAGCGCUUCAUCGAACCGCCCACAUUCGACUUGCCAGGCUCGUAUGCUGACUCGAGCGUGACAACUCCGCUCAUCUUUGUCCUGUCCACUGGGUCGGAUCCGGCGAAAGACCUCCUCCUCUUUGCCGACACGAUGAAAAUGGGGCGCAAGCUGAAUUCGAUUUCACUUGGGCAAGGCCAAGGUGUGAUCGCGGCAAAAAUGAUCGACGACGCGAUUUCGAGCGGCAAGUGGGUGUUGUUGCAGAACUGCCACUUGGCGAUUUCGUGGAUGACGUCGCUCGAGCGCAUUUGCGAGGAGCUCAACCCUGACACGACCCAUCGCGACUUUCGUCUAUGGCUGACAUCACGACCGAGCGCGUCGUUUCCAACGUCUGUGCUGCAGAACGGUGUCAAGAUGACCAAGGAGCCGCCCAAGGGCGUCCGCGCGAACCUCAAAAACUCGUACAUGAAAAUGACCGACGACAUGCUGGACGCGACAGGCAAGCCGGAAAAGUACCGCAAGCUGCUCUUUGGCCUGGCCUUCUUCCACGCGAUCGUGAUCGAGCGCAAGCGCUUUGGUCCACUCGGUUGGAACAUCCCGUACGCAUUCAACGACACCGACUACGACAUUUCGCGUGCACAGCUCGAGAUGUUUUUGGACUUUUACGAUGUUGUGCCGUACAAGGUGCUGUGCGUGAUGACGUCGGUGGUCAACUACGGCGGCCGUGUCACGGACGACAAGGACAUGCGAACCAUCGACGUGAUCCUGGAAGGGUUCUUCAACGACAAGAUCUUGAGCGACCACUACUGGUUCUCCAAGAGCGGGACGUACAAGUCGAUUCCCGUGGCGAGCGCUGACAACCCCAAGAGUCCGCUCGCGCACUACCUCAGCUACAUUGACUCGCUCCCGCUCAACCCGGACCCGGAAGUGUUUGGUAUGCACGAAAACGCCAACAUCACAUGCGCAAUCGCUGAAACUUUCAAGAACUUUGACAUUGUCCUGAGUUUGCAACCCCGCAUGAGCUCGGGCGGUGGCCAGUCCCGCGAAAUGAUCAUUGAAAUGCAGGCCAAGGAGAUCGAGGACAAGCUCCCGCCGUAUUUCGACAUCGACUUUAUCAGCGUCCGGUACCCAGUCAUGUACGAAGAGUCGAUGAACACUGUUCUCGUCCAAGAAGCCCAGCGGUACAACAACCUGCUGUACGUGAUGAAAACGUCGCUGCCGCUGCUCCAACGAGCACUCAAGGGGCUUGUUGUCAUGUCGGCCGACUUGGAAACGAUGGCCAACUGCAUUUUCAACCAAAAGGUCCCGCCGGGAUGGGAGCGCAAGGCGUACCCGUCGUUGAAAGCGUUGAAUCCGUGGGUCGACGAGCUCUUGGAGCGCCUCAAGUUCCUCACCCACUGGAUCAACGAAGGCAUCCCGCCCGUCUUUUGGCUCUCGGGCUUUUUCUUCCCCCAGGGCUUUCUCACCGGCACGCUGCAGAACCAUGCGCGCGGGUUUCACAUACCCAUCGACACCCUCUCGUGGGACUUUAUCAUGCUUCCAGAUCCCGUCGAGCGGCUCCACAUCAAGCCGCAGAAGGGCGGGUGUUACGCGUAUGGUCUCUUCAUCGAGGGCGCGCGGUGGGACACAAAGCAGUACUCGUUGGUCGAUCCAGUCCCCAAGGAAUUGUUUUCAAAGAUGCCUGUGAUGCACCUGAUGCCAGUGAAGCACCGAGAAGCGCCCAAGAGCGGCAUCUACCGCUGUCCUGUGUACAAAAUCCUGACGCGGACGGGGACGCUGUCGACCACUGGCCACUCGACCAACUUUGUCAUGUGGAUCGAGAUCCCGUCCAACAAAGACACGAUCUGGCGCAACUCGCUCGUGUCCGAGACGAAUCUCCAGGUCCAGUUUGCCGACCAAGACUACUGGAUCAAGGCCGGAGUCGCAUGCUUCUUGUCGCUGCGGUAUUAA